AUGUAUCUCCUGCCUGGAGAACCCCGGGAACCACAACUCAAGGAGCUCGAGGAAGGGGCCGAAAUUUAUUUCGCCACGCCAGGCCGCCUCGUAUCUUUCAUGAAAGAGCGUAAGAUAAGCCUGCGCCGCUGUAGUUACUUGGUGCUGGACGGAGCUGACCUUAUGAUGACGAUGGGCUUCGGGAAGCAGCUUCGCAUCAUUGCGCACAACACCCGUCCUGACCGGCAGACGCUUGUGUGGCUUUCCUCGCGCACGAUGGAUGCGAAGCAACUCAUAGACGAGUUGACGAGUGACUACGUCACGGUUAGCAUUGGGGCGGCUACACACGAGGACCCCACCCGGCGGGUCCAGCAUAUUGUUCACGUUUGCGAGAUGGUGGAGAAGGAAAGGGAACUCGAAGCCCUCUUGAACGAUGUCCUUACUGAAGAAGGUGACAAAGCCAUUGUGUUUGUAGAAAGGAAGGAAACGGUGGAAGGCAUCGUGUGCAGUCUGAGCCUCCGGGGUUGGGCCGCCGUUAGCAUCCACGGCACGAAAACAGAACAAGAACGCGAGGUGGCGCUGAACCACCUGCGGUUCAGCAAUGCGUCCAUACUGGUGGCUACCGACGUGGCGGCUAGUGCUCUAGCAGCUUUCAAAGUGCGUUUCGUCGUGAGCUAUGACUACCCGAACAGCGAGGAUGAAUACUCGCGCCGCUUGAAGUAUGCGGCUCGGCCCGAUGGAAGGGGUGUGGUGUGCACGUUCCUAGCACCGGACGAAACCCAGCAUGCCAAGGACCUCAUUUACUUGCUUCGAAAGGCCAAGCAGAAUGUGCCGCCGCAGCUGAGUAAGGUAGCAAAGAACGUUCCGAGGAGAUAG